AUGGUGUCAAUAUGUCAUUAUUAUUUUCUUAUAACAGUCGAUAAGCAAGACACGAUGGAGGAGACCAUCCUAGUUGGUGAUGAUCUUAUGCGUGGGCCACCAUCCCCUGUCAUACCAAAAGAGAUUGCAUCACAUGUCCUUGAAGGUGUUGAGCUUUGUGAUGGUAUACUCAAGAAUCUUUUCUUAUGCUUACAAAUCAAUGAUAUUGAGCCAUUCUGCCAAGAUGAAAUUGUGCUAUACCGUCAAUGUGCUGAGAAAAGGGACAAGGAAAUAAGAGAGAAGAUGCAAGAUAGUGAAUAUAAACUGGGUUUCUCGAUGCCCCUGGAAGAAGCAAAGGAUAGAGCUACCCAACACCAAUCAGAAGUCACGUUGCUAGGAAGGCGAAUGAUUCUUGCUAGUGGACUUGAGGGUAUGGAAGGAUUUCGCCAAAGAUGGAGCUUGCAUGGACAGCUCGAAGAUACAAGGAAAAGGCUAGAAGCACUGAACCGUGGCAUGGCAAAAAGAGAGAACCAAAGUUCUACAGGGGAAGGGACAAAACCUCCAGCUAGGAAGAGGUGGUUCUUUUAG